AUGUGUACGGAUUCGGUUGAGGGACCUCAUGAGAAACGCUUACUGACUGAUUUGCUGACUGGAUACAACGUUCUGGAGAGACCCGUUGCCAAUGAAACUGAACCCCUCCUCCUAAGUUUUGGAUUAACCCUUCAGCAGAUAAUUGAUGUGGAAGAAAAAAGUCAAAUUAUAACUACUAAUGUUUGGCUGAAUUUGCAGUGGGUGGAUGUGAACUUGCGAUGGAAUGCGAGUGAUUACGGAGGAGUAAUGGAUCUCCGGAUCCCCCCCUGGAGGAUUUGGAAACCCGAUGUACUCAUGUAUAACAGCGCAGACGAGAAGUUCGACGGCACCUACCACACGAACGUUGUUGUUCGGAGCAAUGGCAGCUGCACUUACAUUCCCCCUGGGAUAUUCAAGAGUACCUGCAAGAUAGACAUCACGUGGUUUCCCUUCGAUGACCAGAGGUGCAACAUGAAAUUUGGAUCCUGGACAUACGACGGCAACCAGAUAGAUCUCCGUCUCUCCUCAGAGAAUGGAGGUGACCUCUCUACUUACAUCACAAACGGAGAAUGGGAACUUCUCGGUAAACAAUAUUUCGAACCAUCCCACUAA